AUAUUAUGUAUUUGUGUUUGAUUAGUCUUCUGCUAAAGAAGGACUUAUUUAUAAGAAUAAACCUACCAAGUUAUGAAUAAUUUUGUAUCUACUGUACUUUGUUACAGUUCAUAAUGUUGAUAAAACAUAACCUAAUCUCCUUACAAUCCCACUAAACAUAACCUAAAAAAUGAUCAGUAGAAGUUUUAAACCGUUAUGUUGGUCAAGCUGGUUACGUUUGGUCUAUUUGCGUUUUCUCUUUCGUUAAGAUCAUUCUUUAUGUUUAGGUUUAGCGUGUUACCGUUUUACAUAGCCUGAAGAAUGAAUGAUGAUGGAGCUGACAAAAUAUAUUUUGUGAAUUGUGACCGGCUCUAGGGUUAAUUUUCAUUAAUGUAGUGUUCUAACUUCUCAACUCUUUUUCAUUUAUUUUAGGAUUGCAAUGGCCUCAAAUUUCGAAGAAAAGUCAGAUUCAGAAGAAACUAGUAAAUUUGGCAGGCUUUUGAAAUCUUACACUGUUGAUAAGCUUGAAGUUUGUUUCUUUAGAUACGGUGUUUUAAUUGGCAAUCAUCCAUGGAGGUUUAUAGCUUUAUCGAUAUGUCUAGCGAUGCUCUGUUGUCUUGGUUUGCUGAAAUUUCGCCAAGAGAAACAUCCCAUGAAACUAUGGAUUCCGCCGGAAUCGGAUUUCGCCAGAGACACUGAUUGGAUAAUGGCUGAAUUUCGAGAAGGAUAUAGAGUGCAGAGUUUGCUAGUAACUGCUCCCAACGUCCUUGAGCCGUAUGUCUUGCACAAGGUAUUGAAAAUGCGUAACAGAAUCUAUGCAAGCCAAUUAGAUAACACAACAUUUGAGGAUGUGUGCUUCAGGAUACCGGUAGUUAAUGUUAAUGUUGGUCGCAGAAAACGUGAGGAAGAAGAGUAUAAUUUACUUGACAGAAUAACUUCAAAUUUGUUGAAUUUCGACCCCAGUGUUCACCUUUCUUCAAAAAUGUACUGUGGGUUUGUGGAGAAUUUUCCCAGGAGCUGCUAUGAACGAAGCAUUCUGGAGUUUUGGAGGUACGACGAAGAAGUCGUCAAUAAUUUGGACAGAGAAGCUGUGAUCGAGAUGCUCAACACUACUAAUAUCAGUCCUGUGUACGGCCUAGAAAUGGAAUAUGUCAGUCUAUUAGGAGGCAUAGAGAGAAAUUCAAGCGGUGUCAUUGUGAAAGCGACAUCUCUGCUGUCCACCUGGAUGGUUCAUAUCAAUUUCUCGCAAGUUGAUAUGGAUGAAAUUGGCAACAGCGGAGGAACAGAAGACUUUUCUACAGGUCCUGGAAUGAUAUGGGAAAAAAGUUUUCUCAAUACUAUGGAGAAUAUAACGAAGGAGAAGUUCAAAUACAUUGAUGUAUUCUACGAGUCAGCUAGAAGUUUUGGUGAUCUCAGCAGUGCUCUGAUGUUUCAAGACUUCGAUAAAAUUAUACUAGGAGUGUUUCUCAUGUUCUUCUAUGUCCUGUACGUAUUGUCAACAUUCAACUGGGCUGAAUUGAAAAUUCUACCAACAAGUGGGGGCCUGGCUUGUGUUGGCCUAGCUUUUUUCUCAGCCUGCGGUUUAUGCUCGGCUCUGGAUAUUUCAUACGGACCCGUCCACACAUCAUUACCGUUCCUUCUCAUGGGAAUCGGCGUGGAUGACAUGUUCGUAUUAAUGGCAUGUAAAAAUAAUCUCUCCAAGGACGAACUCAAAAACGAAUUGCCAGUUCAAAUUGGCCUGACUUUGAGACAUGCUGGGAUAUCAAUUGCUAUAACUUCGUUGACUGAUAUGAUCGCUACAGCUAUUGGUGGCACAACUAUACUACCGGCACUAGAGUCUUUCUGCUACUUUGCUUCAGCGGGAAUAUUCAUGACGUUCGUUUAUCAGUGCACUUUUUUCCUUGCCUUUGUGGUGCUAGAUGAGAGAAGGCUGGCCAAUAAUAGAAACUCCGUAUUUCCUUGCCUCAAACUGAAUUUCAAGCGUAUAGAGCAGAAGCAACAGGAGAAUAAUUCAUUUUUCAAACGUAUUCUACUAGCAUCGUUCUCAAAUGUGUUUCUUACAAAAAUCGGCAAGAUGCUCGUUAUUCUUUUUACCUGCGCCAUUUUUGGAAUCAACCUCAAAGGCAUUCUACAAUUGAAACAGAAGUUCGAUCCUAAAUGGUUUCUGCCAGAGGGAAGCGAACUUCUCAAAUUCUACACGGUCAGAAACGAGAUGUAUCCGUACAUGGGCCAGGAUGCGAGAAUUUAUUUCGGGAAACUCAACUACUCGGCUGAUCUCGGCAAUGUUUGUAGAUUCGCCCACGACUUGAGUUCUCAGCAAGAUAUCAUUCUGAAAGUUGAAAGUUUCUGUGACGAUUUUUAUUACUAUGCCAAUAAGUAUUACCAUAAAGAUUUACCAAAUAAAGUAUUAUCCGACGACGAUUUCAGUUCCUUAAUAAGCAAAUAUUUGUACAGCCCACGAGGCUCCAAGUAUUUAUGGAAUUUCCGAUUUGAAGAGGAGCUAAAAUGUGGCGAACCAGCCACACAAAUAACAGUUGCAAGCUUUGAUUUCAAGUUCAAACUAUUCAGUGAACCUGAAGAGGCUCUUUAUGCCAUGAACUAUGUGAAGGAGCUGCUCAGAUUAAGUAAUAUCACAAGUGGCGACGGUUUCAAGACUGUUUGGGCCAAGAUAUUUGCUCAUUGGGUUACUGACGAAGUUAUUCAAGAAGAAAUGUAUCGUAAUCUAGCAUUGGCAUGCUUCUGUUCAAAUUGCUCCUUUACAAAAAUUGAUUCAAACAUUUUAAAUCUGGGUAGCAUGUGAUUUUUUAUUGUUUCAGGUAAAUGUUUGCGGGACUAUGUUCUAUUGGGGCCUGACUAUUGAUAUCGUAUCAUGCAUAGCAUUAGUGAUAGCUGUUGGGUUGUGCGUGGACUACGCGGCCCAUGUGGGUCACACAUUUCUCAAAUGCCAUGGGUCGUUGAAUGAGCGUGCUCUUCAUACUAUCAACCAUGUGGGCUGCGCUGUUAUCAAUGGAGGCACUUCAACCCUUAUAGCACUGUCUUUGCUAUCUUUGUCCAAGGCAUAUGUAUUUCAAUCAUUUUUUAAGAUUUUCCUAUUGGUUGUAAUCUACGGUUUAUUCCAUGGUGUAAUACUUUUACCAGUAAUUUUGAGCUGCAUAGGUCCAGCUGCUUCGACCGUGGUGCCUGUUCUUAGUAGGAAAUCAAAAAACUUGAUCAAAUCAAAGAAAUUACCAGUACAAUUAGAAGAAUUUUGAUACUCUUGUAUGUGAUAUAAUCUUCUAUGUAAAAUCCAAUUAUACAUAAUUAUAUUUUCAUAAUCAUCA